GUGGGGGGUUGUAUGGAGUUCUGCCAGGGAGGGAUCAGUUCCUGGCCGAUCUUCAUUUUUAAUAAUAUUAUUUCGACUUAUAUACCGCCCUAUGGUGCUAAAUUGCAAGGCAGAAGCAUCAGAAGAGCCUGGUGCCCAGGAAAAGAAAGCAUCCUUUUGACACGUGGAUGGUCCCCUUUGGUUUCUCCCACGAGUUUGGUGCGGACCCCACCGUUGUGUGGAGUGAGAGCCAUGACUACUUCUCCAAGAACACCCUCUGCCUCCAAAAGGUCAACCACUAGCCGUGGCUACCCCCAAAGUGCUGGAUCCCCAUCACCGCAUCCAAAAGAUUCUACCCCUCUUCCUUCAAUCAAUGAGCGCCUGGCCUAUCUUCGUCCCUCUCGGGAACUGCUGGAAUACUAUCGGAAGAAGAUUGCACAGUUUGAUGAAGAACAUGAAGAGCUGGUCAAAAGACUGGAAAAAUACAAAGCUACAUAUGAUGAGCAGCAUAAAUUACAAUGGGAAAUGCGUCAACGGGAAGAAGAAAUUGCAGAGCUGCAGAAGGCUUUGAGCGACAUGCAAGUUUACCUCUUCCAGGAGAGGGAGCACGUGCUACGUCUUUACGCUGAGAAUGAUCGGCUGAAAAUCAGAGAGUUGGAGGACAGAAAGAAGAUCCAGCACCUUUUGGCUUUAGUGGGAACAGACAAUGGUGAAGUUACCUAUUUUCACAAAGAACCGCCGCAUAAGGUCACUAUACCUCAAAGAUCAACCAAGAACGGGGAUUCACAUGACCGAAAUAAGCCCACUUUAAAAACAGGUAUGAAAAACUCUGCCUCAAAACGAACAGCAAAGGGAGAUAAACCAGAAAGUGGGGAUAGAUACCCAAGAGAUGAUCAGACACUCUUAUUACAGGUAGAAGCUCUUCAGGCUCAACUGGAAGAACAGGCCAAGCUGUCCAAGGAGCAGAUUGAAGCCUUGCUAGAGGAUAGACGAAUCCGUAUAGAAGAAGCUCAAGUCCAGCAUCAGAGAGAUCAGGACAAAAUCAAAGAUCUUACUGAAAAAUGCCACAAAGCUCAAACUUUGCUGUAUGAGAGCACUAGAGAUUUUCUCCAGAUGAAGUUUGAUGCACGGGCAAAUGAGAAAUCCUGGAUGGCAGAGAAGGACGUGCUGCUGAGGAGGCUGGACAAAAGCAAAGACGGAUCCAAACGGAGCAGGGUUUGGCGGGACGGUGGCCAGGGACAGGAAGCUGUCAAUCGAAGCAAGGACAGUGGUCGAAGCCAUCGUGAGAGUAGCCCAGAUGAGCAAGACAGUAGUCCGGAACAUUGGGAGAAUAGCCCCGGUCAGAGUUUCAGCCGGCGAGCUUCUCCUGGCAGGAAGCUACAGAGAAAAAGAAAAGGCGCUAAGCAUAUUUCUCAAGAAGAACAUGAAUUUCAACGAAUGUAUGGUGCGGAGAUUAAGGGACUGCAGGAUCAACUAGCACAGGAGCAACGAUUAGCAGAUAUGUACCGAGAACAGUGCGUUUCCCUGGAAGGAGAGCUGGCUAAAAUUCGGGAGGAAGGAGAUGUAGGGCGAGAGAUCUUCAAGGAACGCUCAGAAAAGAUGGGGAAACGCCUGCAGCUGAUGACACAGCGCUAUGAAGCAUUAGAAAAACGGCGAGCUAUGGAGGCGGAAGGCUUUAAAACUGACAUUAAGCAACUUCGGCAAAGGCUAAAGGAUGUAGAGAGGCAACUUUUUAAGGUGGCCAUGAUGGUGGGUCCAGAUCAAGACCUUGCGAUUCUUCAUGAAGUUCGCCAGGGGAACAAGAGAACUAAAAAAAUUCAAGGAGAACUGAAAAAUUUAAAAUCAAAGAUCUACAGCUUGGAAAAUGAUCUAAGAGUCUGCUGAUAAAGAUACCAGUCAGGACCAGUAAUAUAGUUAAAGGGCAUUGUAGCAACAGUUUCUCUAUAUUUUGUGACAAGACAUGAGGCUUUCUAUGACUCUAGGGCAUACUUUAUGCUCUAGAAUGUGAAGGAGCCCAUUAAAGCGAAUAGAACAUUUUGAAAUAGUUUAUUUUAUCAUUUUAAAUAAGAUUGUAUUUUUUUUAAUCCCUGUUCGGUGUGACUUUUCUUCCAUAUGAUAUUUGUUUAGGCACAGAUUGUUCCAGAAUCAUUUGUGAUUUUGUAUGCUACCACUGCAGCUGUAGAUACUUUUUACUUUUAAUAUGGUGCAUUAUACAGCUAUCACAAUAAAGCAAUUAAUUAUGUACUCCUCAGCAAUUACUCUAUUUAGCAGGUUCAAGACAGUUUGGAAUGAAGUUUAGCCACUUUUCUAGUAUCGGUAGGCAAAGGGAUAGAAAUGGGCCUUUGUUGAACUGCAGCCCCCAUCAGAGCCAGCCAGGAUAGCUAAUAAUGAGAAGUGUUGGGAAUUGUGGUCGAGAGCCACACUUUGCCCAUCCCAUCUUAAAGCAUGCCAUGGAAACAAGUGUUUUCUAAAUCAGAAGCUAACCUCUCCAACUAAGUGCUAAUUUGAAUUUUUUUAGAAUUCUAGUCCAAUCUAAAUUUUUUGUUUGUAAGUAAUCCUUGUUGAUUUUAAAUUUUUAUUUUGUAUAAGUAUCCCGAUGAUUAUCACUCUGUGUACACUUUAUCGCAGGUGACAGGACCACAGCCUCACACAUUUGUUUUACAUAGCAUGAAGGGUAUUUAGGAUUCUAAUCUUACAUCCCAAUAUACUCAAAAGAACUUGCUUAUAAAUACAGGUUAUCAGUCUGUCCAGCUGGUUCUUUCCACUUACAAACUCAAGGCGUAAUGGCUCAGUUACAGAAUUCCUCCUGGUGCAAGAUAUAUAGAGAAAAAUUAUUCAGCACUGGAUAUUUGUCCUCUGAUGUGAUAUUAAAUUUGACAUUAUUUUGGUAUUUUGCACUGUUUUUAUCAUCUCAGAAACUGGUAGUAGGAGCCUUUGCGCAGACCAUCACAGAUCUUUGACAAGUAUAUUAAUCUGUUUUCCGUAGAAAUAUUAGUAUGUUUUUCAUGGAGAUCACUUUUGUAUAGGAAAGAGAAUAGAAAAUAUAUUGUGGCAAGAAUGUCACAAUCUGCUUUCCUUUUGAUAAUAUCAUGGUUUCCCUGUGCAUAGACAUGCUGUGGAAUAAACGCACAUGCAGGUAGAGCACAAGAUAAUCUGGACUCAAUCUUCACAUAUAUAAAAAUAAAAAUGCUUUCUAUUAGGAACUGUUCAACAUUUCAAGCAAUCUUUAGCUUUCGUAGAAGACAUCUUUGGUUAUUCCAACCCACCCUCCCUGGACAUUUAGGUAGCCAGACCACCUUGCUGCCAGAAGGUAGUCCUAACUUCCACCUCCAUACAGUUACUGUUGGAAUGACUUUUAGUGACAGAAAAGAAUAUUUACAGUAAGCAAGAAGCUGAAAAUAGAGUAUAGCAAGGCAGUUAUCUGGUUUCGUUGUUCUGCUCACUCAAAUCUGACAAAGUAAGACUAAUGUAGAUGCGGCUGAAGCAACUGUUUGCACUGCAAAUAUAGAUGUGAUGCAUUAUCAGAUUUUUCCCUGUACUGGCAACAUACCAGACUGUAUGCUUGUCUAGUUUCAACCAGGAUAUAACUGUUUAUUGAGUAGAUACACAGAGUGAUAUUUCCUUGAUUAUCACUAGGGAGUAAGAUGCUUAGUAGUAUUUGAAAGUGCCUUAGAGGUGUGUGUUUUUGUGUGUGUUGUUGAUGAGUUUUUUGGUUUGUUUUUGUGUUUUGGAUUUGGUUGUGACUUGUCUUUGUAAUUGUGCCUUUUUGUACACUUGUCAAUUCAAUCAGAAUCAAAUUUUAAAAGUUUUAAAAAUUAGAACUGAAAUGCUUUUAAAUGAAAAUUGUUAUAUGGUGCCUAAAAGAUUAGUGUGUAUUGUAGCAUAAGCUUACAUGAACUGGAUUCUUGUCUAAUCUACAGUUGAUUGAUACAUUAAUAUAAAGAAAAGAAAUGCAAACACUG